UUCUCAUCCUGCCCUGCAAGGCCAAACCCUUGCUGCCAAAAUGAAGCCAUCGUCCAUAUUCCUGUUCGUUUCUGGGGCACUCGCCCUUAAUCCCGUCCACCCGCUCCGCAUUCCCAACAACACCCUCGUUUCCGAACCCACAACAGACAUCGUAUCCGACCCCCUAGCCAAACGCUGGACCUGCCCAUCAACCUGCUCAACCAACAUCUGCUGCCAGAACGGGCUCUGCGUCUGGUCCCUCAGCGACGUCUGCUGCGGAAGCUACUUCUGCAACUUUGGCGAGCACUGCUGCGGAACGGGGUGCAUGCCCGCGGCGCGGAAGCGAUGCAUGACCGUCAACGGGAAGGUAGGCUGCUGUCCCAACGGGGAUUGCUCGCAGGAGGAGGCGGUGAAUCGUUACACGGAGAAUCAGUAUACCACGGCGCGCCACACGACGACCUAUACCGAUGUGGAUUACAGAUGGUAUUCGUGGACGGUGACCUGGACGUACUGGGUGACGUUUUACACGUACUAUGCCCCUGUCACGGCUUCGAUUCGCACGUCGACUGUCACGACGACGUCGACGAUUGUUUCGGUGAAAGGUACGGACCGGUCCGACGCUUCGUCCUCGUUUAGGCGGGUGUCAGCUACGAUGAGCUUCUAUACGCCUGCUAGUGCGACGAAUCCGGUGACACCGACGAAUGCGACGGCGGCCAGCAUACCGACUAUCGUUACGUCGGGGGAUGAUGGCAGCAGUAACGAUAAUGUUGGCAGCAACGGUGGCAGUGGCGGUACCGAGGGUGUUGGCAUUUCCAUCAAUGGAGUCAUUGGAGGGCCUGGAGGUGAUCCCAAUGCUGCAGGUGCAAGCCGCAGAUUUGGAUGGAAGACUGUGAUGUCUCUGUCUAUCGUGCUGGGAACGGGAUUUCUGAUGAUAUAUCUCUGAGACAUGUUGCAUUGAUACGAACUAUUUAUACUACUACUAAUGCUAUGGCUUAAUGAAAGGGC